CACUUCUUUCCUGUCUAUCAUACUAUAGCAGCAACUUCACAAUAACCACAAUAUGACUACAGCACACAGACCCACGUUCGAUCCCGCACAAGGCAAAGAGGCUCUUCGCGGUCCUGCAUACCACCAGCGCUUACUCCCUGCGCACAAGCUUUUGAAAACUCGUCAACUCGGCCAGGGUACCGAAGCGGAAGCCGGCCAGCGCGAUCUCCGCGCCGAACUCCUUCAGGCUGAGGCCGCUUACUUCGCCAAGAAGAACGGAACGCCCCUCGAUGAGCCCACGGUCGAGAGCGUGACGCCCAAGCGGCAGCUGGAGGGUGGUUCGCCGAACGGGGACGCAGACCAUACAGAAGAGGAAGAUCUGGAAGCGAAACGGCGGCGGAUAUUAGAAGAGACGAGGGAUAUAGACGCGGACUCGGAUGGGUCUGAGGAGGACAGUAGUGACGAAGACAGUGACGACGAGGAGGACGAGGCUGCCGAGUUGAUGCGCGAGUUAGAGAAGAUCAAGAGAGAGAGGCUGGAGCAGAAGGAGAAGGAGGAACGCGAGCGUGCGGCUGAAGAGGAGGAGAAGCGAGAAUACGACAUUGCUCGAGGCAAUCCCUUGCUGAAUCCUCAAGACUUCAAUCUCAAGCGACGAUGGGAUGACGAUGUGGUGUUCAAGAACCAAGCCCGAGGCACAGAGGACAAGCGGGGCAAGGAGUUUGUCAACGACUUGCUGCGAUCGGACUUUCACAAGCGGUUUAUGGGCAAAUACGUGCGGUGAACAAUUGCGCUACAUGGGGAGCCAGAGGCUAUCUCUGGGCUGGUAUCAUAAACUGCGCAUAUGAAUGGACCCAGAGUCGUCGCAUCAUAGGACUUGGAUAGGAUGCCCUGGCAAUCAAAGAGACCCAUGUCCGCCAGUUGGACAAUUGUAUGGUGCAAGUGCCUGCAUCAUCAACUAGAUAAUCGCAAGCUACAACCUCAGGAGACAUAGAAGUCUGACCCAGAUAGUCACCAAUGAAGUCAU